AUGUACGCCUCCAAGAUCUUCCUCGGCCUCAUCGCCACCGUCUCGGCCAUCGAUAUCUACGGCUACAAGAACAACGAAAAGUGCGGCGGCGGCGACUACAUCGUCUGCACAAACGCCAACCCAAAUGACUGCUGCGUCCGCUCCUCUGGUGACACCUUCCGCAGCAUCGGCUUCCGCGCCAUCCCAACCAACUGGAGGAUCAUCGGCCGCGCCUUCAGCGGCGGCGACUGCAAGAACGUCAAGUACGUCGCCCAGUCCAACGGCGCGCAGAAUGUCUGCUGCGGCGGGAGCACCUACUCUGGCGGCAACUAUGUGUUUGCUUCCAAGAAGCGCGAUGAGAGCGCCACUGAGGAUGGCACCUGCGCCGCUUCUGCCGGGGGCUGCACUUCCGUUGCGAAGGGCAACUUGAUGGUCUUUGAGAACGGACCCAAGUAUAACAUGACUGGUCUUGAUGAUGCUCUUUACACUGAACUGUGUCCUUCAUCUUCAUGGAUCGAAACUCCUCUUGUCCCCCUUCCCAGCCCUUUCAUUGUCACAUUUACUAACGUCUUUGUCACCAACAGUAUCUCUAUCUGGGAGAACGGCGGAAGCUCGGAUGAGAUCCCUGCCAAGUUCGAUGCCUACAAGUUUGAGUAG